GGCGGGGGCUGCCGUCAGCGCUCGGGAAGCCCAUUCAUCUGUGCACUUGGGCGUUGGACUCCGCAUCUUAUUAGCGACCAGGGAGAUUUCUCCAUUUUCCCCUUGUCUACAGUACGGCUACAAAUCUGGGAUUUUUUAUUACUUCUUUUUUUGUACUAAACUUGGGCUUCUAAUAUUUUUGCUCGACUUUUCCCCCCUUCUUUUCCCCCCCUUUCUUCCUAUGCUGCUGCUUUUUUGAUCUCUCCAGCUUUAUUUAGAAAACAAAGCGAAUCAAAGAAAAAAACAGGCGUGCAUAUAUUUAAAAAUAAUCGGUUCUCUUCUCUUUUUUUCCCGUCCUCCCCCUCUGGUGUGUGCGUUGCUGUUCUUCAAGCUGCUGAUCUCCCAGCAUUUACACGAACCCACUGCUCUUUGUUUCCUUUUCUUUUGGAUCUGUUGAGUUUCUUUGUUGUAUAAAGCCAGCAUGGGUGCCCAAUUCUCCAAGAACGCUGCAAAAGGCGACUCUGCUGCCGAAAAGCCCGGGGAAGCAGUCGCCGCAUCGCCUUCGAAAGCGAAUGGACAGGAGAAUGGCCAUGUGAAGGUGAAUGGCGAUGCCUCGCCAGCCGCUGCCGAGGCGGGCAAGGAGGAGGUCCAGGCGAACGGCAGUGCACCUGCUGAAGAGUCGGUGAAAGAGGAGCAGACCCCUUCUGAGCCUGCCUCUGAAAAGGAGGCGGCAGAAGCGGAGAGUACAGAGCCGGCCUCUCCGGCCGAAGGGGAGUCCUCCUCUAAGACGGAGGAAGGAGCGACCCCUUCCUCCAGCAACGAGACCCCGAAAAAAAAAAAGAAGCGCUUUUCUUUCAAAAAGUCCUUUAAGCUCAGUGGCUUCUCCUUUAAAAAGAACAAAAAGGAGUCUGGGGAAGGAGCUGAAAAUGAAGGUGCGAGUGCUUCGGGAGAAGGGGGGAAAGAUGAUGCAGCCACUGCCCCAGAGCAGCCAGUGAGCAACGAAGAGAGCAAAGUGGCUCAGGAGGCAUCUCCUGCUGCCGCUAGCAGCACAGAGGAAGCCAAGGAGGAGCCCGGCGGCUCCCAGGAGGCCAAAUCGGAAGAGACUGCGCCAGAGAAGCCAGCAGGAGAGGAGGCCAAGCCUGCUGAAGACCAGAAGGCCGAGGAUAAACAGGAGGAGGUGCCCGCGGCCAGCCCUGCCCCAUGCGCUACCACUGAAGCCACCUCAACUGAACAAGAGGCACCCAAAGCAGAGGAGCCAGCAGCAGCGGCAGCAGCUCCAACACAGGAAGCUCCAUCCGAGUCUAGUCCAGAAGCUCCACCAGCUGAAUCAGCAGAGUAAAAAAAAAAAAGGAAGAAGAAGAAAAGAAAUGAUGGCAAUUUUGAGAUGAUGAUUGAACUUUUCUUCCCCCCUGUUUGUUUGUUUGGAGUGGUGCCAGGUACUGGUUUUGGAGAACUUGUCUACAACCAGGGAUUGAUUUAAAAGAUGUCUCUCUUUUUUUGUCUCUACCCACAGAUCCCAUCUCAGAUCAUUCUGUUACCACCAUUCCAACUGGUAGAAGAGAGACUACAUGCCUCCCUCUGCCUUGUUCCUCUUUUUUUUUUUUUUGCAUCAGUAUUAAUGUUUUUUGCAUACUUUGCAUCUUUAUUCAAAAUGUAAACUUUUUUUCCUAUCUGUCAAUCUAUGGACAUGCCCAUAUAUGAAGGAGAUGGAUGGGUCAAUAAAGGGAUAGCAAAUGAAGUGAUAAGGGGUCACAAUGGGGAAUUAGUGGUGCAGAUAAUUUGCCAAGAAAAUGUGCCACAAGAAAUAAGGGGUUAGUCUUUUUUUAAAAAAGAAAGUUAUUACAAUGUAUUUUGUGAGGCAGAUGUUCUAUAAGGUUUACAACACUACAAGUCUUGAUUUAGAAGGAAGAAGAAAAAUUCCAAUACUCAGAUUUUAAAAAAAAAUCAUAGUCUUAGGAAAUUCAUUUAAACCAUAGGAACUUUCACUUAUCUCAUGUUAGCUGUACCAGUCAGUGAUUAAGUAGAAAUACAAGUUGUAUAGGCUUUAUUGUUUAUUGCUGGUUUAUGACCUUAAUAAAGUGUAAUUAUGUAUUACCAGCAGGGUGUUUUUAACUGUGACUAUUGUAUAAAAACAAAUCUUGAUAUCCAGAAGCACAUUAAGUUUGCAACUUUUUCCACCCUGCCCAUUUUUUUGUAAAAUUGCAGUAAUCUUGGACCUUUAAAAAAAAAAACCACACAAUUUUAAACUCAACCAAGCUGUGAUAAGUGGAAUGGUUACUGUUUAUACUGUGGUAUGUUUUUGAUGACAGCAGAUGAUGCUUUCUUUUUCCAGUUGUCUUUGAGAAUAAAGAAGAAAAACCAAUUUCAGAUGCAAUGGUUUUUGUGUAGCAUCUUGUCUAUCAUGUUUUUUGUAAAUACUGGAGAAGCUUUGACCAAUUUGACUUAGAGAUGGAAUGUAACUUUGCUUACAAAAUUGCUAUUAAAUUCCUGCUUAAGGUGUUCUAAUUUUCUGUGAGCACACUAAAAGCGAAAAAUAAAUGUGAAUAAAAUGUAGAAUUUGGCUGUGUUUCUUUUUCUGGAUACUCUUGAUAGCUUAGUAGAUUGCUUGUAUUAUCUAAAUUUGUAUAAGAAGGCACUUGUUUGCCAAUUAACAUUGCUCUUCUAAAUUAUGGACUAUGUGGUCUCCUGGCCUUACUAAAUUUGUAUCUGUGGUGUAACGAUCUUUUAAGGCCUUCUAACUGGAAAUGUGCAUUGGAUUUUCAGUUAACUGAUGCUACCCUGGAGACUCGAUUGGCUAAUGAGAGAUCUGGGGAAAAACAGGAAUGAGAAGAACUAGAAUGUGUUUUCAAUAAGCUUGCAUCAGUUGACUUUAGCUAGAGUGGGUAUGUGUGUAGUGAGAAGCCUUGAGGACCACUUUAUGGUGUAUUAGGUUGUUAUUUCUUAGCUUGAGUUGACUUGACACUUUGGCUGUGGUUGUUUGGAAUGCCUUGGCCCUUGGCCUGAGUUUUCAAACAGGAGCACCUACAUUCAGGUGUUGAAACAGCAAAGGUCCAAUCUUACAUGCGAGUUCUUAACCAUUUCAGCAUCUACUUCAGUGCCUGACUUUAAGUAACCAGCCUUGGAAGUUUGGCUAAAGUAAACUUUUUUUUUUGUUCUACCAAAUUGUUGAGCAAUACUUUUUUGUAUGUUACUCUCAAUUGUAGGUGAGUUAACAAAAAGCAAAACAAAAAAGAGAUUGCUAUAUUGUUCUAUAGAAGAGUCACUUGGUGCUUGCCUUUUAACUGUUUAGACUUUUGGGCUAAUUUCCACCAUAUUGCUCAGGGCAAAAUAUGCCUUAAUAAAACAGUAGGCUUUUGUAUAAAAUAAACACAGAGUAGUAAUGGUGUUGGAGGGUGGAAAUUGAUUUGAGGAAGUGUUGCUCCUAGAUUUAUAGGUGAAAUUUAGUGUUACACAUAACUUGCUUCCAUCUAUGUGUUCAGCAGUAACUUACUUUGGAAGCAAUUACACUUAUUUUAUGAGAGAGUGGCACAUUAGCACCUUGUUCCCUAAAGAACAAAGCCUGCGCUGAAUGAAGUUCAGUGGAUUCCAUACUGAAUACAUAUUCUUAUUCAGCUGUCCACAUCUUUUUAUUUUUUAUUUUUAUUUUUGGCUUGUAUAUAUACUCUGGUCACCCUGGUAUUUCUCUGUAGUGUUAGAAAUGUAUUGACUAUUAUGCUUUAAAUGGCCAUGGGAUGAAAUAAAUGGAUGUAAAAUGA